UUUGUUGACUGUUUGGUCGGCAUGGUUACGCGUGUGCGGCUUUCAUUCGAGACUCGAGAGAGAGAGAGAGAGUGUGUGAAUUUCGGUCGUUGUUCAUGCAACAUCAUCAACGACCGUCACGCGUUUUUGCUUCUCUCUCUAUCUUUCUCUCGUUAUGACGGCAAAUGUGGACAACGAGAUAGAAACCAUUUGUGAGUGUCGGCACGCUUUUGCUUUAUUCAUCGACGGAGAAGGUGCGUGGUCGAAGGAUAAGUUCGUCAGUAAUUGUAACAUGCACGAGAUCGACGAGGACAGCGAGACCGAGGGGGAAAUCGCUGCUUCGGCGGGACCUUCCGUUACGGAUAAGGAGAAAGAUAUUGCCGUUCGGGAUAUAGAUAAUGCGUCGGAGGACGAGUCUGCGUACACGGGCGAAUCUUUCUGUUCCGACGAGUCCUGCGACGAGUCCGAAGUCGUCAACGAAUCGUCGAUCAAUGAUUCCUCCUCUCCACCACGCACGGAUCAUCUUCAACGCGGCGGGAAUGUAAAAUCCGCGGAAGUACCUUUGAACUCUCCAAGUCUGCGUAGCGCGGAAGUACCUUUGAACUCUCCAGGUCUGCGUAGCGACGAAUUUAGCACCGUGAGCGACGAGCCGUUACGCGUCAUCACCACCGACAGAUGCGUCAAGCCGAGGAGGAGUAGAAGGUGGAACAUGAGCUUCACCGAUGAGCAGAUGCGUAGGAUCGAGCGCGAAAAUGAACUGUUACUCAGGAAGAUCAUGGCGCAGCAAAAACCGCGGCAUCAAGUCCUCGGGGAGCGCGUCGUACAGUCCAGGAUCAGCAGCUCUGCGAUAAACAGGAAGAGGUUGCAGAAGAAGAUAGAUGAUGACAACAUGUUACUCGUCAAAAGGAUACAGCAGGCCAAGUCGUGCGUCUUGACGAACGCGUCGAAAAUGAGUUCUAGAUUAAACUUUUUAUAAAAUUGCAGUACCGUGUGAAAAGAGAAUUUUCUAUAGAUAUUACCGAGCGUAUGUACAAGACUAGUGUUUGACAACUAUGAUUUGAUAAGUCGAUAUAUUACCUGUAUAAAUUUGGAGGGUGUUUACUACUGGUGUGUCGUAUUUGGUGAAGAAAAGUGUUGCGAUGCGCGUGGACGCGAUCUCUGCGUAAAGAGUCCCCAUAUCUUCUCGUAUAUACACAUAAACAUUGCUGCGUGUUUUUGUGACUUGUUUAUUAAAACACAACGAUUACCAGUCUUGAAGAAUAGAUACACAAUUCUUUCA